CAGAGAGCCAUAAUGGAGCCGGUUUCACCGUCCCACUGUGCUUCCUGCGAUUGGGGCGCAAUAAUGUUGACGGAUUUGCGAUCCAACCCAAGACAGUGCACUGUUCUUCCAAUAGCAGCUUUAAGUGAAAAGGCGUGCCUGCCUGGCUGCCCCCCCUCCACCCCUCCCUCCUCCUCCUCCUCCUCCUCCACCACCCUCAAAGUACUCGAUGUAUAGUUAAAAAAUGGGAGGGCACACUUGAACCGAGCUGCUCUAUGAAGGUAGGCUGCAGCGUGUGUUUAUUGAUGAGAUGAAAAGAAGAUGGAAGUGAGAAAUGAAACAAAGUAAAGGAACAUAUUAAAAAAAACUAUACGCGCUUCGUCGGGGGAAAACAGGGGGAGCCGUGGAAACGCUGUCGCCACUUUUUGAACGAGCUUCGAAGUGCAGAGCAACACAUGAUUUGGACAGAGAGGACUGACAGCCUUGCCUAGCACCCGGCCUCUGAUCAGCCAUCUCCACCAGCAAACUGAAGCUUGACCCGCACUUCAUCACCAGCCACACAAGCAUCUUCGGAACAAAACGUCAUCUAACUGUGACAUCAGUUGCAAGGGGAUGACCGAGCGCAUUCAUAACAUCAAUCUCCACAACUUCAGCAAUUCUGUACUUGAGACCCUCAAUGAGCAGCGCAACCGUGGGCACUUCUGUGACGUGACUGUUCGGAUCCAUGGAAGUAUGCUGCGAGCUCACCGGUGCGUGCUGGCUGCUGGAAGCCCCUUCUUUCAGGACAAGCUGCUCUUGGGCUACAGCGACAUUGAGAUCCCUUCUGUGGUCUCAGUGCAGUCCAUCCAAAAGCUGAUUGACUUUAUGUACAGUGGGAUUCUGCGGGUAUCUCAGUCCGAGGCCCUGCAGAUCCUCACUGCCGCCAGCAUCCUACAGAUCAAGACCGUCAUUGAUGAGUGUACACGCAUCGUGUCCCAGAAUGUUGGCUUGGCUGGGCCGGGGGGGUUCCCUGUUAUACCAGGAGACUCUGGUCAGGAAACUCCCCGUGGCACACCAGAGUCUGGCACCUCGGGGCCCAGCAGCGACGCAGAGUCAGGUUAUAUGCAAGCAACAUCACAAAGCAUGGACCGUGCAUACACAUCACUGUACUCCUACCCCGGCCUCACUCUGCAGAAUGGCACCCGCGAGCGCCCCCUGUACAUUAACCCUAUGUCAACAAAUUACGAUCCGACUCUCAGCACUCAGAAGGACCAGCAAUCUCAAGAUCCACCCUGGAUGAACCGCAUCCAGGAGAGAUCUCAGCAGGUCGACCGCUUCAUCUCGACGGCGGAGUCCACUCACUGCCGCAAGCAACCCCGACCGGUACGCAUACAAACAGGAGGGAUGCACAUAAAGCAGGAGGCCGAAGAUGAGUACAGCUGCUACGAUAAUUUGGGGGACUGCCAAGACGACACUGACCAUACUGAGGGUGUGGAGGGUGAAUCCAAGGUUGAAAGUUUUGACUCAGGGGUGAGCUCCUCCAUCAGUACUGAGCCAGAUGCUAUGGAGCAGCAGCCGUACCUGACGGGCUUUGGCCGAGACGGGGGCGGGGACAGUCAGCAAGGUGAUGGAGGUCCAGUGCAGAUAGAGGUCAAUGACUCAUCCCCGGAGCAGUUGCAAGAAACGGAGGAAGGAGACACAUCCCACAGCACUAGUGACAGUAGCAUGAUGCAGCCCCUGCCAAACUCAGUCAUGUCCCAGUCCCUGCCAAGUGCCCAGCACUACAUGCGGCCGGCAGAAUCACACACCAGCAAUCUGAGGAUGCCGCUCACAGUGACCAGCAAUUCCCAAGUGAUGGGCACUGCUGGAAGCACCUUCCUGCCCACACUCUUUCCUACACAGCCGGCUAGAGACAAGCCUGUAUUUUACCUUCCUGGCCAGCAGCAACCCCAGUUUGUGGCAGUGCCGCCCCCUGCAAUGCCAUCAUUCCCGAACCCCAUGUCGGUACAGCAAGCGCCAGCUCAGCAGCAACAGGCUGUCGGAGGAAUCGGUCCGGGAGAAAAGAAGCCCUAUGAAUGCACUCUCUGCAGUAAAACCUUUACUGCUAAACAGAACUACGUCAAACACAUGUUUGUCCAUACUGGUGAGAAGCCUCAUCAGUGCAGCAUCUGCUGGCGCUCGUUCUCCCUGAAGGAUUACUUAAUCAAACACAUGGUGACACACACAGGGGUGCGGGCCUACCAGUGCAGCAUCUGCAACAAGCGCUUCACCCAGAAGAGCUCUCUCAAUGUCCACAUGCGGCUGCACCGUGGAGAGAAGUCCUAUGAGUGCUACAUCUGCAAGAAAAAGUUCUCACACAAGACCCUGCUGGAGAGGCACAUGGCCCUGCACAGCACAGGCAGCGCCAUCACAGGGCUGUCGGGGAGCGCAGGCACCCCGGGCCCAGUCUCCAUUCCCAUGCCUAUGGCUGUCCCUGAGCCUGGAGCUGGAGUGGUGGCCCUCGCCAUGCCAGUGAGCGGAGGUGCUGGAGUAGGGGCUGGGGUUGGAACAGGAGUGGGUGUAGCUGCAGAAGCGAGCUGCCAAGAAGGGACCACCUACGUGUGCUCCGUCUGCCCUGCCAAGUUCGACCAAAUGGAGCACUUCAAUGACCACAUGCGAAUGCAUGUCUCCGAUGGAUAAGUACUAAUAGAUAAACUUCUUUCAAAAAGAAUGACAAAUAAAAUGGCACUAGAUUUUCCUUUUCUUAUUUUGAGGUAUGAAGAGUAAUGAGUAUAGACACUGGCACAUUAAGUUUCCCAAAUUUUUUUUUUUUUUUUUUUUUUUUCUGUUAUUCUAAAAGAAAA